UAUACGUACCAAUAGUUUUCUUGUUGUGUGAAGUUUUGCAAAAAAUAUCUACUCAUGGGGUUCGUACAAAUUGUAGUUCUUGUUUCGCUCGCCAUUGUCGCGUGUCAGGCUUUUCCUCAAACACAAAACGAUGAAAAAGCUCCUCCUCAGGCUAGAGUAGAGGAAUCAGCGCCAAUUCAAGAAUCCGCAGACGAUUCGACUUCGAAAGAUACUGAGCCAAAAGCGCCAAGCAGAGCAGCAAGAGCAGCAGAACCGCAGAAUUUCGUCAAUUACAUUAGACCGGAUGAUAAAUUCCCCACCGUAGCAUAAAAAGGUUAUUAUUUUUAUUUAACCUGUUCGGCUCGAAUGGCCAAACAAUUUGUUAUCAUAUUUUAAGUCCAUCAUGUAC